AUGAAUUAUAAAUUGAGCGCCACCUUGAAAGGUCAUACCCAGGAUGUUAGAGAUCUAGUAACCAUUGAUGACAAUCGCAUUGCAAGUGUCUCAAGAGACGGAACUCUCAGGGUUUGGUCAAAGACAAACAAUAAUCAAUGGGAUGACGGUACAAUUGUAUAUUCAGAUAAAAAUUUCUUAAAUUCAGUAACAUUUGAUUCAACUAAUAAUUUAAUAUAUUUUGGUGGUAAGGAUUCUUUAAUUAAUGCAAAAUACACGAAUUCAUCUUUAGAUGAUGAUCCAAUUAUUACUUUAAUUGGUCAUGAAGGUAAUGUUUGUUCAUUAAAUUAUGAUGAAAAAUCAAAUUUAGUUACAAGUGGUAGUUGGGACAUGACCGCUAAAGUUUGGAAAAAUGGUGAAAUGAAAGGAGAUUUAAAAGGCCACAAAGGUUCAGUGUGGGAUUCAGUCGUUUUGAGUUCUCAUGCUGAUUCCAAUGACGCACAUUUUAUUACUGUUUCGGCUGAUAAAUAUGUUAAAAUUUGGAAUAGUAAAAAUGUUAUUUUGAAUAAUUUCUAUAAUAUUCAUUCAGAUGUAAUAAGAAAAGUAUUACCUUUAGAAGAUGGUAAAAAAUUUAUAACGGCAUCAAAUGAUUCAUUUAUUAAAGUUGUUGAAACAGAAACGGGUAAAGUAUUGAAUACUUUCUCGGGACAUGAAAGUUUUGUUUAUUCAAUUGCUAGAAAUAAACACAAUGACGAUGAAUUAAUAUCAUGUGGCGAGGAUAGGUCUGUUAGAAUUUGGUCCCUAUCUACCGGUUUGGUGCAACAGGUAAUAAGAUUACCAGCUAUAUCAAUAUGGUGUAUUGAUACAUUACCUAAUGGUGAUAUAAUCGUGGGGUCUAGUGAUAAUACAAUAAGAAUAUUCACAAGAGAUAGUACAAGAGCAGCCGAAGAGGAAGAAUUACAACUAUUUGAAGAAUCUGUGUCGAAUUCUUCUUUAAAUGCCAAUGCAAUGGAUUUUGAUGAAUCAAAAUUAUUACCAUACGAUACAUUAAAUCUUCCAGGUAAAAAGGAAGGACAACUAAUAGUGGUCAAAUCACCAUCCACUGGUGUUAUUGAAGCUCACCAGUAUACACAGGGGAAAUGGGCUAAAAUAGGUGAUGUUGUUGGUUCAUCUAAUACUGGAAAUGACCAAAAAAUUGAAUUUGAAGGGAAAAAGUAUGAUUAUGUAUUCGAUGUUGAUAUUCAAGAAGGUCAACCACCUUUGAAAUUGCCCGUUAAUGCCAAUGAUAACCCAUACAUACUGGCCGAUCAGUUUUUAAUGAAAUAUGAUUUAUCUUCCACUUAUAAAGAUCAGAUUGUUAACUUUAUUAUUACCAAUACCAAUGGUGUUGCUUUGGAUAACACCGCACCACCUGAUCCAUCACCAAGCGCGCAUAUAGAUGAUAAUACUUCCAGGAAUGAUAUAAUUAAUUAUUUGGUUUUGCCUGUAAAAGAGUUCUUAUCUAUUUCAGCUUUUAAUCCUGAUACCAUUUUCAACGGUAUUGUUAAGUUAAACGCUGGACAGGAAAAAAAAGUUCAGUUUGAAGAUGACUUGUUGGCUGAACUUGGCACUGCACUAAAUGACAUAGACAAUGGAUGGGAGUUACUAUUAUCAAUUGCCAAUAGGAUUAAAGAGGAUUGGACCACGAAAAUUCCCUCGUUUGAUAUCAUGAGAAUAAUUGUUACAAAACUUCCCGAACCCGCGUACUUAAUGGAUUAUGUUAAAACAGGUUUAGAUAGUGCUGAUAUUAGAAUUUCUAUGCUAACUGUUCGUAUGUUAGUAAAUGCUUUUGGAAAUGAAAAAUGGGGGUUGGAUUUAAUGGCGUCCAAAGAUAUUAAAGAAAACUUAUUUGAGACAAUCGGUACUAAUUUUCCAACAGCAACUAUGCAACAGGCAUCAAACUAUGCUCUUUCAGUUUCUACCUUAAUUUUCAAUUACUCAGCAUUAUUAUCGAGAAAUAAUAAUGAAAAUAUCGAUUUAAUUCAUAUUUUAUCGGAAGCUAUAAAUAAUAAAUUUGCAAAAUUAGAAGAAUAUCAAGAUUCUGAGGAAGCCUGUUACAGAUUAAUUGUUGCCUAUGGUAAUAUGUCAUUAGUUGAACCUGCUUUAAAGAGUUUUGCUAGCUCAGUCACUUGGUUAAAUAAAGCAAAAUCCACUUAUGGAACAAUUCCAAGAUUUGAACAAAUUUUUAGAGACAUCGGAGUGUGA